GUCUUUGACCAAGCUGAAACCACUGCCGACUUCUACAGCGAGCUGCUGCUCAGCGUUACAGAGAUUGAGGCCGCCUUGUCUCGCAUCGAGGAGCGGCUUGAGGCUGCAAGGCCUCCUGGCACAGCGAUUUCGCUUGAGGAUAGAGGUCGAGGGCAGCCGACGGCACGGCGGCUGCUGCAGGCUCCAAGCAGGCUGAUCCACUCGGCUGCCAAUGCAGCAGGUCGUGUGGCACUCAACGCAGCAGGCAGCGCCGCUGGCCGGGCUGGCAACUUCGCCGUCUCGGCCGGACAGGCCUCUGUGGCAACAACCUUCCGUGCCACAGCCUUCGGAGUGCGUCAAUCUGUACAGACCACCUGGUGCGUCGUUCGCCCGCCGCUGGCACAAGCUGUGAGCUACGUGGUCACUCCUUCAGGCUUCUUCACAAGUGCGUCCACGCUCUGCGCCCUCUUUUCCCUGCCACUGGCGGCGUUGGCUGCUUUGGCCUCUGCGGGUGCCGUGGGCGCAGGAGCCGCGUCGGCGGCCCUGCAGACAUCAGCGGAGCUGGUGAGGACCGGAGCCUGUCGCGGUCCGGACGGCGCCGCCACCGCCCUGGAGGUGCUCCAACGAGCUCUCCGAGAUCCAAAUUACGCCCGGGAGCUGGAAGACAUGCUCCGCACCGAGAGAGAGAACUCCAAGACACGGCGGCAGAAGCUCCUACGCCGGGCUCACACAUGGGCUACAAUGGUCAACAUUGGGAUCAUCGCGCGUGUCUCCCCGCGAGUCUCUGACGUCGUUUCUCGCAAAGUGCUCUCCAGCGGCCAGCCGCCUGGUCUGGAAGCUCUCAGGACAGCCCUGUUAACGGGUGGCCCCGGUGCUUUCGGAGCUUUAGAGGAGGUCCUUGCUGGUCAGCGGUCGGCCCUCGUGGAGUCGACCAGGCUGACCCUCGCUGUCAGCACUUGGCUGAACACUACGGGCCACAACAAGGUUGACUUGCUACGCUCCUCCUCUGGACGUUCGGUAGAGUGCAUCGCGAUCUCGGCCAGACACGUCGCCGAAUACCGUUCGCUGGGUCUUCGGGGCGGCUGCCAUGCAGCCUGUC